AUCAGAUUCUGCCAUGGAUGUGUUAUAAAAUGUAGUGAACAGGAGUUUGGCUCCAGUAGUUCGUACAUAGCUAUUGAAUGGGACCCUACAACACUACACCUCAGAUACCAGAGCUCACAAGAGAAAGUCUUCACUGAACACGAGAGUGUGGAGAGGAGCAGAAAGAUGCAAACAGAACCUAUUGACUUGUAUGAAUGUUUUAGAGCAUUUACUAAAGAAGAAGAGCUUGGAGAAGAUGAGUUAUGGUAUGGUUUUAACUCCUUUGUGAACCUUUCCUCUCUUUCUAUAAGACCUAUGUCUUGACGUGCCUGCACCGUAUUUCUUGUUCAUUCUUAUUUCUCUGCUGCAUUGGUCCUUUGAAGAACUUGGGUGGGGUCAAACGUGAUGGGCAAACACACCAUUUACAUACAAAUUUAUUGAGGUCUUCACCCAAUCAAUUAAAAUAAGCAUAUUAUGCUAGAGCUCAACCUUUCAUUCCUUAGUUCAAUAUUAUCAUGGGGAUUUGUAAUGUAGUUCCUAAUUGUGAGUCUGUGGAUGAAAUCCUAUGGUGUUACCAUUCAAAUGAAACAAUAGUACUUUCACAUAGUAUUUUGUUUUCAGCAUAAUUAUUAUAAAAUGGAACGUGGGAAAUUAAUCAGAUUUUUAUGUUGGCCUCACCGGGGUGGAUGAGUUAAAUUUGGUAGGUAAAAUGUAUGUAGUAAAAGGUUGAUAUUUAUUUUGUUCAUAUUCUUCUUUCUAAGGUACUGCAACAGAUGCAAGAAGCACAGACUAGCGGUGAAAAAGCUGGACAUAUGGAGUCUACCACCCAUCUUAGUGAGUAACAGUAUUGCUGAU